ACGAUAAAUAAGAGUUCAAAGGAGGCGUUGACAAGUGAACAAUCCAGCUGCUCAUCGAUAGAGUUCUUGUUACAGCUUCGUAGUUUGUUAUAAAGAGCUGCGUUUGCGAUUGAGUGCCAAGAAGAGUUGAAACACCAUCAUCUGAAUCAAAAGCCACUGAAAAAGAUGACGUCGUCUACUGAAGCCGGGAUCCCUGCUUCGCGCAAGCGGUCUGCCAGUGAUAGCGACAACCUUGACAUCGUCUUUGUCACUGGCAACCAGAACAAGGUAAAUGAGGUGAACAAGUACUUUGCAGAAUUGAAGAAGGGGAAAAAUGUUGAGACGGCAAAUACCGGCAAUGGCACCAGUGCGACGGCCAGCACAACAUCGAAGAUCAUUAGACCUGUCAAAGUCGAUUUGCCAGAACUACAAGGAGAACCAGAAGAAAUCUCUGUCGAGAAGUGUCGUGCUGCUUACAACAUCUUACGAAAGGACGAGAGCAAAGUUGCGAAAGACAAACGCCUGAUCGUCUUGACAGAAGACACGUCAUUGUGCUACAAUGCGCUGCAGGGACUGCCAGGACCUUAUAUCAAGUGGUUCUUGGACAAGCUCGGUUGCGAUGGCUUAGUCAGGUUGCUAGCGGGAUGGGAAGAUAAGUUACGCUACGGUCGUUUAAUUUUGGAUCAGAAGAUUCACUUGUUAAUAACGGUCGUUUAAUUUUGGAUCAUCAGAUUCAUUUUUGCUUAUAAUACUUAAUAUCGCUCUAAUUAUCAUUUUUCUUUGGAACUCUUUGACGUGAUCAACACUAAAACUAAUGGUUGUUCCUUAUUUCUCACUAGAUUUCUCACUAGAUUUGUCUCAAGUGCUGUACAGUGAAGCCAAAUGCUCAAUGAAUUGGUAAGACCGUGGUCUCUUGUUUUUUCAUCUUCUUCUAAUCCAAUCCGCUUACGCCCAGACCAUUUUCGCUUGUGUCGGGGAUGUAGACUUGACUGAUGCAAUAGUACCAGAGAAGAAAUCCUCUGCAAGCUCUGCAAGCGGCGCCGAGCCACAAUGCUUCACUUUCGUGGGACGUACUCAUGGUCGCAUUGUGGAGCCUAGAGGAAGUGGAAAUUUCACCAAAGGUUGGGACCCGGUUUUCUUACCGGAGGAAUCGACCGAAGGCCUCACCUACGCCGAAAUGAGCCCUGAAGCGAAAAACCUAGUAUCACAUCGUAGUCGGAGUCUGGCGAAACUGCAUGCUUUCUUAGCGGAUAAGUUGGGGAUUGAAUUUUAGAGUGUCUUGGACUGUCGCUUGGAGUCUCGCUUGAAGAAACAUAAGAACCAUUUUAUUUGUAGCACUUUAAGUUAAGGUGGUUUGCACUUGCAGCAGGCACUAAAAGAAUCUGUCCUAGUAGGUGGGACAACACAAAAUGGAAUACAAACACGCAAUAUUUUUUUCAAACGACACGGGGCUUCAGAUGAACGACAGGUCGUGGACAAUUUUUCGGAAAAUUAAUAAUACAAACAGCGCAAUGCAUUGCACUCAUCAGGGGAGACAACGACGACGAUUUCGUCCAACAAAAUCUGAUUCGUGGACAAUCUUUCGAAACAAAAAAUCUCUCACUAUCACUACUCUGAACAAAGAAUCCUCGAAGACGAAUGCAGAAAAAGAGGAUUUGGAAAUUUAGGAUUUGGAAACUUGGAAGUCUUGGACUUGAAAUUUUUGAUUUUAAGUCUUGGAAUCUUGGAUUUGGAAUUUUCGGUUUGAACUCUGGGAUUUAAU